AUGUCGUAUCGAGACACUCCACUCGAGAAUGGUUAUAGUCCUGCUGAACUCUUAUUUGGAAGAAAGAUUCAAACGACUCUUCCAGUUGUAUCACAGCACCUUGUCCCUACUUGGUCUUAUCUCGUAGCUGUCAGAGAAAAGGAAGAAAGAAUAAAGAAACGACAGAAGAAGAAUUACGAUUUCCGUAAUAAAGUGAAAACAUUACAGCAAAUUGAACCUGAUUGUCCAGUGUGGAUUCCAGAUCGUAAAGAGUCGGGUACAAUUAUCAAUAAGUUUGAAACCCCUCGCUCGUAUGUGGUUAAAACCCCAACAACAACUGUUCAACGAAAUCGACGACAUCUGAUCGAAGACCCUUCAAAGAAUAGUCGAGAAGAACUGCAAGAAGCCACAUCAACUACAUCAGGAGCUGCAGUGCCAGAGAACAAUCCAGGUUAUUAUACAAGAUCAGGUAGACUAUCUGCACCACCUGAUAGACUGGUAUACUAGCAUUAGUUAUUAGAUAUUAAUAUUUAGUAAUUGAACAUUAACAUAUCCUAUUAUCAUACUUUUCAAAAGGAAAAAGACAAAAAAAAAUAUGUAGUAAUUAUAAUGUAUAACCGUAAGAGUCAAAAACUUUCGUGGUAGUUAUUUGAACACUUAGACUUUAGUUUGUUUUUUUAUAUAUUUAAUAUUUAGAACUUAGAAAGGGAGGUGUAGUAUUAUGUAAUGUACUUAAUUAUGCAUGCAUAUAACACUCUUGUAUAUAAAGCUGUACAUCGUUAAUGUAAGUAUUAUAUUAUUAAAUAGUUCGACUAACACUACACUACCAGGAACAACUGAACAAUUCGUCCUUAAUAAAUACAGGGAAGACGUUGGAAGGAACUAUAACCGUAUUACUAUUUUCAUCGCGACCAAAACAGAUUGCAUCAACUAUCAUCUAUUUGAAAUUGGCGAGAGCCUUGAAGCGGAAUCAUCUGACAAUAACCAUGACAGUGAAGACGAUGAUGAUCGAAUAAUCGACGAAACCGUGAACAACGCACAUUCCUCUCAACAUGACCGGAGAUUGAGACAAGCCAAAUGGAAACAAACGACAUUGGAGGAAGUGAGCGGACCAAGUACUUGUAGUACAUUUCCAAUUACCUGUGGUGAUGAACAAAGACCAAGUACAAGUAAUACAUUGCCAAGUACUCAUGAUG